CUGUUUUGUGUUAGUUUCCUCAAGAAAGUUGUUUUUGUUUUCAAGGCCUUGUUAGCUUUUUGUUGAAGUGUGUAGGCGCUGCCUCAGCUUUGGUGAAUGAUGUCUGCAAAUGUGGAAGCCCAGUGUGCAGGUGUCACAGAGGACAAUGCUUGUUCAUCAGCAACCAGUCAAGGCUAUGUUUUACCGGAAGGAAAAGUCAUGCCAAACACUGUCUUUGUUGGUGGAAUUGAUUUAAGGAUGAAUGAAGCAGAAAUUCGGAGUUUCUUCGAACGAUAUGGUACUGUGAAAGAGGUGAAAAUAAUCACUGACAGAACUGGUAUUUCCAAAGGGUAUGGAUUUGUAUCUUUCCUGAACAAUGUGGAUGUUCAAAAAAUAGUAGAAUCACAAAUCAGCUUCCAUGGCAAAAAGCUGAAACUCGGGCCAGCGAUUAGAAAGCAACAAAACUUGUGUUCUUAUGUGCAUUCGAGACCAUUAGUCUUCAAUCCUCCUGCACCACAGUUCCAUAGUGUCUGGGGUAAUCAAAAUACAGAGACGUACGUGCAGGCUCCAGCUGUAAUGAGCCCAGUAACCCAGUAUGUUCAGACAUACCCGUACAGUUCACCACCUUUAUUGAUACAGCAGCAAGUUCCUGUAGGAUAUCAGCCAGCCUACAAUUAUCAGGUUCAACCACAGUGGCUUGCUGGGGAGCACAGAAGUUACGUUAUGCCUCCGGUUUAUACUUCAGUAAGCUAUCAGUGCACUGAGGAUCCAGAAUUUAUACAGGCAGAAUGUGCUGUUCCAGAGCCCACGCAGUUGUCUACUAACAGUCCACAAAAGAAGUCUGUGGACAGAAGCAUACAGACAGUGGUAUCCUGCUUGUUUAAUCCUGAGAACCGUCUGAGGAACACCUUUGUAUCACAAGAAGACUACUUUAAGGAAAGGAAGGCGCAUCACUUCAGAAAAGGAAGAACAGUGCUCAAAAGUGUUUGAUCCACAAAGACUUUAAAGUAUCUAAAUUCAUUAACUUGAUGUUACUACAGUUGAGUUUAGCAAUAUGUGCAGUGUAGCCUUUUUUGAAAAGUUGCUUCAAGUUGAAGUUUGUGUUUCUGUUCUAUCUGUUCCAAUAGUUGUUUUUGCUUGAAGUUCAAAGUUGUAAGAGUUGACAAAUAUCCAUUGUUUUAUUAAUUGUUUGCAUGCUUCCACUGAUAACUAACUGGAAUAUUAGAAUAUAAGAGGAAAAAACCUCUUGGUUUAUUAGAUGCAUGUGGAUUUUCUUCUGACCUUUAAGGAACAGUUUGCAUGUUACACUUGUUUUUUUUCUUAAACUACGAUUUAAGUACUAACACUGACCAGUUACCUCUUGCAGUUUAAGAAUAGAAGCCGCUGUUUGCCCAAGAAGUUGUAUUUUAUAACUGAGCUCUUAAUCAGUGGAACAGAAGAUGUCAAGUUGUAACUCAGCUGAAGCCCCUUAAGUCAUGGUUGUCUUUAGGAUGCCUGAUCAAUAUAGUUAUGUUUAUUAAUGGCCGUUUAUGUACCUGUGGUCUGGAGCAUCACUAUUAGUUUUGGAAAAACAAAGAGAAGCCUGAAAUUCCUAUGUGUAACUUAAGAUGCAAGAAUGUAAGUAGCUGUAUUGGCUAGUUGGUAGAGCAUGCUUUUUUUACUUGAAAAAUUUUAGCAAUACUUGUGUGUUAAAAAUGGUGAGAAAAUACUGCAUUUAAUAUAUGCCUUUGUUACAUGAUGCAAACUGUUAAUUGGAAUAUAUGUAAACCUAUUUUAAUAAUGUAUUUUUUUA